CUCUCCCCCCUCCAAGAAGAGCAGCACAGCCAUGAGCCAGCCCAGCUCACCGUCGUCCAGACCCGCGCUCGCUCUUUGUCCGUCCCCCUGACACGUAGUAGCAGCAGCAGCAGCAGCCAUGAAGAGGCAAAACGUGCGGACCCUGGCCCUCAUCAUCUGCACCUUCACCUACCUGAUCGUGGGCGCGAAGAUUUUCGACACCUUGGAGUCGCAGAUGGAGACGAGCCAGAAGCGGGAUGUGUCCCUGCGCCGGGCCGAGCUGCUCCACACCUUCAACUUGUCCACGGUGGACUUUGACAAGCUGGAGAAGGUGGUGCUGCAGCUCAAGCCUCACAAUGCCGGCGUGCAGUGGGAAUUCGCCGGCUCCUUUUAUUUCGCCAUCACUGUGAUCACCACUAUAGGAUACGGCCACGCGGCCCCGAGCACAGAUGGAGGGAAGGUGUUCUGCAUGAUCUAUGCUCUCCUAGGCAUCCCUCUGACCUUGGUCAUGUUCCAGAGUGUGGGCGAACGCAUCAACACCUUCGUUAGGUUUCUUCUCCAUCGCCUGAAGAAGUGCCUUGGCAUGAGGCGGACUGAGGUCUCCAUGGUCAACAUGGUGACGGUGGGCUUUAUAUCGUGCAUGAGCACCCUGUGUGUGGGGGCGUUGGCAUUCUCCCACUUUGAGGGAUGGAGCUUCUUUCACGCCUACUACUACUGCUUCAUCACUCUCACCACCAUCGGCUUCGGCGACUACGUGGCGUUGCAAAACGACGAAGCCCUGCAGACCAAGCCGGACUACGUGGUCUUCAGCUUCAUCUACAUCUUGACGGGCCUGGCCGUGAUUGGAGCCUUCCUCAACUUAGUCGUCCUCCGCUUCAUGACCAUGAAUGCCGAGGAUGAGAAAAGGGACGCCGAGCAGAGGGCUCUACUCGCUCAUAACGGCCAGGCCGGCAGACACAUGCGCUGCGCCGUAGACCAAGCGUCUACUUCCUCCACGGCGUCAGGGUGCGUCGGAGGGAGUGCGAUGGGAGGCGGCGGCGGAGGAGCGGCCAGCCGGGGACUGCGUAACGUUUAUGCCGAGGUGCUCCACUUCCAGUCCAUGUGCUCUUGCCUUUGGUAUAAGAGCAGAGAGAAGCUGCAAUACUCCAUCCCGAUGAUCAUCCCACGUGACCUCUCCAACUCUGAUAGCUACAUGGAGCAGGGAGAAGCCUUCUCCAACCCCCUUCAUUCCAACGGCUGCAUGUGCGGUCUCCAGCCCCACUCUGGCAUCAGCUCAGUGUCCACUGGUCUCCACAGCAUCAGUGUAUACAGGAGACUUAAUAAAAGAAGGAGCUCCAUCUAGACAACUGGGAGAAGGCACAAUUUUAAGACCACUUGGAAGUACCAUGUGGUAAAGAGAGUGUGGUACCGGAUUAGCUCUGGACAUCAGGAGAUCACAACUUUGGUCCUAAAGAGACUCCCGGUGUUUGCGUCUCUGUUGUUCAAUAGAGCAGUCAUGAAACAGGUGUCACAAACUAAGCACAAAGUCAUUUACAAUUAGAGGGCAGAACUCAAUGUAGACGGGCAGUAGCUUAGCUUGUCUGCCUCACAGUUCAGAGGUCAGGGGGUUCUAAUCGUGGCUACGGCCUUCCUGUGCCAGGUAAUCCAUCUUCCUCCCGUAUUCUGAAAAUGUGUGUCAUAGGUUCAUUAGAGACUCUAAAUUGUCCAUAGGUGUGGAUGAGAAUGUGGAUGAUUGGUUCGUAUAUAUGUGGCGUGCGAUUGGAUGUUGACCAGUCCAGGCUGUACCUCGCCCCUCGCUAAGUCAGCUGGGCUAGGGUCCAGGUCACCCGCGACUCUACUGAGGAAAGCGGUGGAAAAAAUGGAUGGUCUGACCUCUGCCAAGGCCAAAUACAGUAAUGCUGAUUUGGAUCAACACCAAAUUCUACACCUUUUUGAUACCUAUCUUCUGUAAAACACAGAUCAUUUUUAUUCUGACUUAAACAUCUUUUUUGUUCAAAGUUAGGGGAAGUGUAGGAUUAUAAAAAAGGUAAUUAAGUACAGUGGAACCUCUAUAAAAUGGACCCCGAUAUAACGGAUAUCGGUUAAAAUGGACCAUCAGGACCGAACAAUGUGUCCAGAAAUAGUUUCUAUUAAACACUUUAACUGCCAUUGGCAAAGUGUGUUAGUUCCAGAAUUGGGCGCUGUUGUUUACUGGCACUGUGGCGCAAUUCAGGCAGUGAACGGGACAUGGGACUGAGUAUUUCCGGUUCACAGAUAUACAUCCAUCCAUCCAUCCAUCCAUCCUUUUUCUGAGCCGCUUCUCCUCACUAGGGUCGCGGGCGUGCUGAAACCUAUCCCAGCUAUCAUCGGGCAGGAGGCGGGGUACACCCUGAACUGGUUGCCAGCCAAUCGCAGGGCACAUACAAACAAACAACCAUUCGCACUCACAUUCACACCUACGGGCAAUUUAGAGUCUCCAAUUCAUGCAUGUUUUUGGGAUGUGGGAGGAAACCGGAGUGCCUGGAGAAAACCCACGCAGGCACGGGGAGAACAUGCAAACUCCACACAGGCGGGGCCGGGGAUCGAACCCACGUCCUCAGAACUGUGAGGCUGACGCUCUAACCAGUCGCCCAAUGUGCCGCCCACAGAUAUACAAUAUACUGUAUUUUCGCGAUCAUAAGACACACCGUAUUAAAAGGCGCAGUCUCAGUUACGGGGUCUAUUUCUGUAUUUAACACAUACAUAAGGUGCACCGCAUUAUUGGGCGCAGGCAUGGUAAAACAUAUACUAGCUUAAAACAUACGCUAGCAUGCAUGCAAGUGUAUGUUUUUCAAAAGGCAGUGGAGCAAAACUGAGUUCGGUUGUACUUUAUUGAAGUAUUUAACAAAGUACUCACAUUAUUUUUUGAUCAAUCCUCAUCCAAAAAGCCAUCAAAGUCCUCAUCUUCUGUAUCCGAAAUGAACAGCUGGGCAAGUUCUCCAUUCAACAUGCCGGGGUCCCUCUCGUCAUUGUCGGAGUCAGUCUCGUCGCCGGGGGGCUGUUCACCAAUGAUGCCGGCGUUUUCCUGCUUCCUCCACUUGCGAAUCAUGCAUUCGUUAAUCUUGAAUUCUCUCACGGCUGCUUGAUUCCCAUGUUCCUCCGCGUAACUGAUAGCUUGCAGUUUAAACUGUGCUUCGUAAGCGUGUCUCUUCGUAGGUGACAUUUUCGGGGGUCCUUAGCCAAACCGAUGAUGUUUGCACAUAUUGGCACUACAUACCUACUGGGGGCGUGCCUUUAGCGUCCUCUUUCACGUGCACCCUUCCCCCUUUAACGUCCGCAUGCUGUGCUCACGUCCACCUUUCCUCUAUAUAAGCAGCCUGUCGGUCAGUCAAGUGGAGCGCUCAUCAAAGUCAGACAACAACAUAUAUAGAUUUUGGAACUCCGCGCACACAUAAGGCGUGCCGCGUUAUAAGGUGCCCGUCUAUUUUGGAGAAAAUUUAAGACUUUUAAGUGUGCCUUAUGGUCGUGAAAAUACGGUAACUAGAUCCUGUUCCAAAAGAUGUGCCUCCCGUGCCUAUGUGGUGGCCAUGUUGAAUGUGGGGCAUUGACGUGGCGGCCAUAUUGUAAUGGUUAUAUCUAUUGUAUAAUGUAUAUAGAACGCCAUGCAGAGAUAGAGUGUCAUGGCUGCAAUGUUAACGCUAAGGAAUACAAACACAAGUCUUUGGAGUCUGGAAUGCGCUAUUUUUGGUACAGUAACAGUUUUGUUUUGUUUUUGUCAAAAUGUUCGCCUAUAGCAACAGAUUUGGAAUUAGGAAGCCCACUAAUUCCCUGCGGCUCAUGAAAGCGAUAAAAUGUGAAACUUUCAAACAUUUUCAAGCUUUUUUUAAAAAUAUUUAUUUACAAUAACUUUUUACUCUA